AUGUCGUCAUUUGAGAAAUUUGUUUCAGAAAAUUUCACAUAUCUUACGCGAAGUUCUUUCCCCAUUGAUGGCAUAUCAGACCUCAAGGAAGUCAACUCAGAACCUGAUGAUUUUAUUACAUCGGCUCCAUUAAUAGUAGUAAAUGUAUCUCCAAAUUAUAAUAAUACCUCACCACCAAAUUUACCAACAAAUGACAUUUUAGAUAUUUCUCAUAAUGUUAUUGAAUCAUUACUACCUGAAAUGGAAUACCCUACUCCAUUGCAAUCUGUAAAUAAUAAUGAUGAUUUAUAG